AUGGUUUAUCAACGGAAAAAUCCAGAGGCUCACCGCGCUGCAGUGAUGACUUACCAGCAAAAUAAUCCAGAUGUUCAUAGAGCAAGUGUUUUUAGGCAUGAAAGGAAUAAUCCAAGAAAACGAUCAGAAAGGCGAUUGCUUCCGUGGAAAGUUAAAGCUUUGUCUGGAAUGAUGUAUGAUCUUGAAUUAGCUUAUGAAACUGAUAAAACUGUUGCCUUAGGUGAUAUGAAUCACAAAUGCAUACAUUGUCUUGCUUAUAAGUGGAAAGAAGAAGCUCCUGGCAUGUGUUGCGCCGGUGGUAAAGUGCAACUUCCAACAUUUAAACCCUUGCCAGAGCCUCUUCACAGCUUGAUUAUGGGUCUUCAUCCAGAGCAGGUUCAUUUUAUGGAUGGUAUUAGAAAGUAUAACAGUUGCUUUCAGAUGAUGUCCUUUGGAGCUAAGAAAAUAAUGGAAGAUGAUUUUAUGCCCACGUUUAAAGUACAGGGACAGGUUUAUCAUUUGGUUGGUAGCUUAUUACCCUUGCCCCAACAAGAACCUCAAUUUCUUCAAAUUUACUUCAUUGGUGAAGACGAGAGAGAGGCAAAUUUGAGAUGCAGCAAUUUCUCUGGUGUGAAACCAAAUCUGGUCAAACAACUGCAAGCGAUGUUGCACGAGAAAAAAUCAUAUAUAAGGGACCUGAAAACAACUCUUCAAAAAGUACCCGAAGAUUGUGAAAAAUUUGAAGUCGUUAUUCAAGCUGAUAGAAAACCAGCCACUGCUCACACAGGCCGUUAUAAUGCACAGACAACGAGUGAAGUUGCUCUGGUCAUAGUCGGACAGCAGUUCGACAAGCGGGAUAUCGUUUUACAAAAUCACGAUAACAAAUUGCAUCGGAUCAGCGAGUUACACCGCUCAUAUGACGCCCUGCAAUACCCACUCCUAUUUUGUUAUGGUGAGGAUGGUUACUUUAUUGACAUACCGCAAUAUGAUCCUAAAACAAAAACAUCUCUUCAAAAAACCAUAUCGGCGCUAAAUUUUUAUUCAUAUCGCAUCAUGGUCAGAGAAGAAGACGAAAAUCGAUUGUUAUACUAUCGUACCCUUUUUAGUCAAUAUUUAGUUGAUAUGUAUGCGAAAAUAGAAACGGAAAGAUUGAAUUAUAUCAGGUACAACCAAGCAUACCUCAGAGCAGAUAGUUAUGUACAUUUGAAAGAUGCGAUAGGAAGGCAGGACACCGAUAUUACUCAACUUGGUAAUAGGGUGGUACUCCCUUCAUCGUUUACUGGAUCACCUCGAUAUAUGCAUGAAAGAACUCAAGAUGCAAUGACCUACGUACGCCAUUACGGUCGCCCUGACCUUUUCAUCACAUUUACAUGCAAUCCUCAAUGGAAAGAUAUUGCAGAUGCAUUGCUGCCUGGUCAAAAGCCACACGAUCGUCAUGACAUUAUAGCACGGGUAUUUCAUUUAAAAGUUAAAGCAAUUAUGUCACUGCUAACAAAAGGAAAUUUGUUUGGAAAAGUGUGUUGCUUUAUGUAUUCUGUUGAAUGGCAGAAGCGAGGUCUUCCACACAUCCACAUUUUGUUGUGGUUGGAGCAGCGAAUUUCUGCGGUUAAUAUAGAUAAUGUUAUCUGUGCGGAGAUACCGGAUCCUCAAAAGGAUCCUAUCCUUUAUAAAAUUAUCAAAACCAAUAUGAUCCAUGGGCCCUGCGGAAAUUUGAGGAAAUCCCCGUGUAUGAAAGGAGGUUGCUGUAGCAAAAAAUAUCCUCGAAUUCUUCUGAAAGAAACCCAAACAGGCGACGACGGCUACCCUAAAUAUCGGCGAAGAGGUCCCGCGGAUGGUGGAUUCACGGUUGAAAUCCAUGGUGUAACCCUAGAUAAUAGAUGGGUGGUACCGUAUAAUCCAGUUUUGUCUCGAACUUUUGCUGCUCACAUUAACAUCGAGUAUUGUAACUCUGUAAAAUCUAUUAAAUAUAUAUGCAAAUACGUCAAUAAAGGAUCCGACCAAGCCUCAUUUGGUCUUGAAAAUGACAAUGAUGAGGUCAAAUUAUAUGAAAGUGGUCGAUAUAUUAGCAGCUCUGAAGCUGUUUGGAGAAUCCUGGCCUUUCCUAUACAUGAAAGAUUUCCAGCUGUUUUUAAUCUCGCAGUGCACUUGGAAAAUGACCAGCGUCUCUAUUUUAAUCCUAACGACUUCAAUAAUGUGACUGAAAAGGUAAAUAAUCCACAGAAAACUACUCUUCUAGCAUUUUUUGAUCUUUGCAAAACGGAUAAUUUUGCAAAAACCCUUCUCUAUGUUGAACUCCCUUCAUACUAUGUGUGGAAAAGUACUAAAUUUGAGAGACGAAAACGUGGAAACAAUGUUGAUGGUUGGCCGGGAGUCAAAAAAGAUCAAGCUUUGGGCAGAGUGUACACCGUCCACCCUAAUAACGCCGAAUGUUACUACCUUCGUCUUCUUCUUCAUCAAGUGAGAGGGCCAACAUCAUUCUCGGAUUUAAAAACUAUUGAUGGUGUCGUUUAUCCCACAUACCAGUCAUCAUGUAAAUCUUUGGGUUUGCUAGAAGAUGACAAGCAGUGGAAUGCUACAAUGGAAGAGAUCACAAUUGCUGCCCAAUAA